GUCAACGUUCUUCCCACGGGCUUUUCAGCUCCUUCCUCCUCCCACUUCUUCCAGAUCUGAUCCGUUCACUCCAUCUUCUCUAUAUAAAUCCGCGCCUCAACGCCGAGGCGGCAGUGAUCGUCAUCUCUCACAGUUCCUCCGUCCCUCUCCUUCUUCUUUGUCACGAUUUGGUCACUCGCUUCGACGCGGGAUUCGUCACCGGCAGGUGAGAAAUGGCGCAGAUUUUGUUGCACGGAACUCUCCAUGCUUCGAUUUUUGAAGCAGACUCACUGACGAAUCCUCACAGAGCUUCUGGUGGCGCUCCACGUUUCUUUCGUAAGAUUGUUGAAGGUAUUGAAGAAACUGUGGGUUUUGGCAAAGGUUCCACCAAUAUAUAUGCCACAAUUGAUCUAGAGAAGGCCCGUGUUGGCCGAACAAGAAAACUUAAGGAACCUAUCAAUCCUCGUUGGUACGAGUCAUUUCAUAUAUAUUGUGCCCACAUGGCAGCAGAUGUUGUCAUCACCAUCAAAGAUGACAACCCUAUCGGGGCAUCACUCAUUGGAAGAGCUUAUUUGCCGGUCACUGAGAUUCUUGAUGGUGAAGAAGUGGAUAGGUGGCUCGAGAUAUGUGAUGAACAUCGGAAUCCUGUUGGAGAUGCUAAGGUUCAUGUGAAAUUUCAAUACUUUGAUGUUUCAAAAGACCGCAACUGGGCAAGGGGUGUUCGAAGUGGAAAAUAUCCUGGUGUCCCCUACACAUUUUUCUCACAGAGACAAGGUUGCAAGGUAACACUUUACCAAGAUGCACAUGUCCCUGACGACUUCAUUCCCCGAAUCCCUCUUUCUGAUGGUAAAACCUAUGAACCUCAUAGGUGCUGGGAAGAUAUUUUUGAUGCAAUUAGUAAUGCACAACAUCUUAUAUACAUCACUGGAUGGUCUGUGUACACAGAGAUCACUUUGGUGAGAGACACCAAGAGGCCAAAACCAGGUGGAGAUGUUACACUUGGAGAGCUCCUUAAGAAGAAGGCUAGUGAAGGUGUUCGAGUCCUUAUGCUAGUUUGGGAUGACAGAACCUCAGUAGGUUUACUGAAGAAAGAUGGUCUUAUGGCAACUCAUGAUGAGGAAACUGAACAAUAUUUCAAGGACUCGGAUGUACACUGUGUUUUGUGCCCUCGAAAUCCUGAUGAUGGUGGAAGCUUUGUUCAAGACCUACAAAUUGCCACUAUGUUCACUCAUCAUCAAAAGAUUGUUGUUGUUGACCACGAGAUGCCUAACAAGAGUUCUCAGCAGCGAAGAAUUAUGAGCUUUGUUGGGGGCAUUGAUCUUUGUGAUGGGAGAUAUGAUACACAAUUUCAUUCUUUGUUCAGGACAUUGGACACGGCUCAUCAUGAUGACUUCCACCAACCAAAUUUUGGAGAGGCUUCAAUCAAGAAAGGUGGACCACGAGAGCCUUGGCAUGAUAUCCAUUCACGGCUCGAAGGACCUAUUGCCUGGGAUGUUUUGUACAAUUUUGAACAGAGAUGGAGAAAGCAGGGAAGAAAAGAUGUCCUUGUAGAGCUUCGAGAUAUAUCUGAUAUCAUAAUUCCACCUUCUCCUGUCAUGUUUCCAGAGGACCAAGAUACUUGGAAUGUUCAACUGUUCAGAUCUAUUGAUGAAGGUGCUGCUUUUGGCUUCCCUGAGGCCCCAGAGGAUGCUGCUAGAGCUGGGCUUGUUAGUGGGAAGGAUAACAUCAUUGAUAGAAGCAUUCAAGAUGCAUACAUAAAUGCUAUUCGUAGGGCAAAAGAUUUUAUCUACAUUGAAAAUCAAUACUUCCUUGGCAGUUGUUAUGCAUGGAAAGCUGAUGACAUCAAGCCUGAGGACAUUGGUGCAUUGCAUUUGAUCCCCAAGGAGUUGUCUUUGAAGAUUGUUAGUAAGAUUGAAGCUGGGGAAAGGUUUACUGUCUAUAUCGUUGUUCCAAUGUGGCCAGAGGGCAUACCAGAAAGUGGAUCAGUUCAAGCAAUCUUAGAUUGGCAGCGGCGGACAAUGGACAUGAUGUAUGCAGAUAUUGUUCAAGCUCUUCAGGCAAAAGGACUCGAAGAUAAUCCGAAGGACUAUUUGACCUUCUUUUGCUUAGGGAAUCGAGAGGUAAAAAAGAGUGGGGAAUAUGAACCUGAGGAGCAGCCACCACCAGACACUGACUACAGCAAGGCUCAAGAGGCCAGACGAUUUAUGAUCUAUGUUCAUACGAAAAUGAUGAUUGUUGAUGAUGAGUAUAUCAUAAUCGGAUCGGCCAACAUCAACCAGCGAUCAAUGGAUGGAAGCAGGGAUUCUGAGAUUGCUAUGGGAGCAUACCAACCACGCCACCUGUCAACGAGGGAGCUAGCAAAGGGACAGAUCCAUGGUUUCAGAAUGGCCCUUUGGUAUGAGCAUCUGGGAAUGCUUGAUGAAGUCUUCCAGCAUCCACAGACAUUGGAGUGCAUACAGAAGGUCAACAAGAUAGCUGAGAAAUACUGGGAUCUAUAUUCAAGUGACAAUCUGGACAGCGAUCUGCCAGGUCACCUUCUUAGCUAUCCUAUAGGAGUCUCCGGUGACGGCACUGUCACAGAGUUGCCAGGGACGGAGUUCUUCCCUGACACCAAAGCCCGAGUCCUCGGAACCAAAUCUGACUAUCUUCCACCCAUCCUCACUACAUGAUUGGUUCGACAAAUUAGUGCUUUGCGUAUUUCUUUUUUCAGAAUAAAGUUUGCAGUUGGUUAGGGAAAAGACAGUUACUUGUCUGGAUGAGGGGAUGGUAUGAUAAGGAUUUGGGUUUCCAGUUGAGCCGUCCCUGUGGUAUGUUGUAUUAUACCAUAUGCAGUGUGAAUGUUGCUUGAACUCUUAUCUAAUGUCUUGUCGUUCCUGUGAUGUAUCAUUGCGAUGGUGUGACAUGGUUUAUACAAUGUGUUUAAUAAGAGUUCGACAAUGAUUUGUUUUCUUUCUA